AUGAAAAUGCGAUUCAAAAUUAUAUUCACAAUAUUUUUUGUCAGUCAAGUCUCAUGCACAAUUUUCGAUCAGGUUUGUUUUGCUCUUGAAAAAUGCAAUUUCCGUGUCCGGAGAAGAAGAAGCAGAAGAAGAAGACCAGAUGGUUUUCUCAUUAAUUUUUGCCGGACUCCCUCAAGAUUUAUUUGUUUUACAGACUGGAAAAGGGAAAUGCAUUCCGAUCGAUAUUGAAUUAUGCAAAGAUCUACCGUAUAAUUAUACUUAUAGUCAGAAUCCAAUUCUUCACAAUGAUGAACAUUCGGUAAGAUUUUUGGGUCAAAGAAAAAUUAUUUAUUGAUGAUUUUUAGUUCUAGAAAUUUCAGAUUUCCGGUUUCAGAAUCUCUAGAACUUUUAAAAGUUCUGAAAAUUCUGAAACGUCCAGGAAAUCUGAAAUUUCAGAGCUACGGAGAUGCGGAAGCUAUGCCCGAAUUUUUCUUGAAUUUUUGCAACGUGGAUUUUUCGGGUUGAACAAUUUUACCUGAAGACUUUAAUUUCCGUGAAAAAUUAAAAUUUAAAGGAACAUGCAUUUUUUAAAGCUGUGGGUCUCAUAACGAUUCCUUGAAUUUAUUGAAUUAUCUGUUAUUGUUGCCACGUGGAUUUGUGGCGCCAAAACUUUUGAAUUUUCAAGUAUCCAAAUUCCAUUAAAGUUCUGAAAUUCGAAAAUCACAUUUCCACGUGGAAUUUUCAUGCUAAAAAUUAUGCAAAAAUACGAUAAUUUAUGUAAAACCUUUCCAAAAAAAAUUGGAAAAAAAUAUGAAAUUGGCAACAAUUUUGUGUGUCAAUGAAAUACGAAAUACGGAAAAAUAGGCGAACAAAUGAUCGAUUACCCCAAUCAUAAUAGAGAUUCGCAACAAAAAAUAAGUUCAUCUUGUAAAAUAAAAAAUGUCUUCUUCUUUUUUUGUAUAGAAUUUUCUUUGUAUAGAUAUAUACACACACAUUUUCAUUUUGUGAGUGUCGGCAAAACAUCAAAGAAAUCCCAUUUUUCUCGCCAAAUGUCUUGCCUCACUCUCCUCAACCCGAUGCACACUAUUCUUUUUUGCUUUGAAACACACGAAAAUUUGUUGGAGAAGAGAAAAAUAUGUAUUAGAAAAUAGAAAGGACACGGUAGAUAGAAGAACAAUGGGGGGAUUUAUUUGGCGCCCCGAAAUUUAUGGGGGAUUUUUUUGUGGCGGGAAAAGGCAGGGUAACAUUUUAGUGCCACGUUGCAAUUGUAGAUUUGUUUUGACUUGCAGAACAGCAGUCAAACUUUCAAAUUUCAAAAUUUCAAAAUUGUUCACUGUUUCAAAAAUUCACUUUCGCCAAAUAUGUUAAAUUUUAAAAUUUGAAAUUUUUACGUUUCAAAAAUUUCAUAACAUAAUUUUUUUUCGGAUUUCUGAGAUCACUAGACAGAAAAUAAUUAUGUUUGAUGUUGAGAGUUUCAUAUUUUUCACUGUUUCAAGAAAUAUUGAAUUUCACGUGGGUUUUUGCUUAGAAUUCUUCUUCAACAAUAUUCUCUUUAUCACACGCACAAAAAGUACACAAAAACAAAAUUUUUGAUGGUUCCGUUUACGAUAUUUUCCUUCUUUCUUCAUUGUACAUAUACAUAUAUUGUUAACAACACUAUUAUUAUUUUUUCUCCCAAAAAAUCACGAACAAAAAAUGUUCGCCCGGGGCGAACAAUUCAAUUUUAUUCGAUUUUUUUCGGGGGAAAAAACGGCGUGCCGGGUCUGUUUCUAAUUUGAGGAGAGACAUCUAGUACUAACAAAUGAAAUUUGCAUUUAUUUGUUUGUAACAAAAUUUUUUUUUGGGGGAAAAAAGAAGAGAGAAUGGGUGGUCUAAUUGGAUUUCGGAAGGGCAAAAAAUAGGAUGUUUCCGGGAGCCAACAAAAAAUACUAUGAAGAAAAUAAUGCUAUGCAGAGGGAUUUUAGUUUAUCGAAAACUUCAGCGAAAAAAACCACGUGGCAAAUUUGAAAAUUAGAACAUUUUGGGACCAAAAAUAUAAGUUUUCCAAAAAUCUGAAUUUUCAAAAUUUUGCAGCUCCAAACUCACACCGAACACUUCAAACCGCUGAUGAAAACCAAAUGUCAUCCCCAUAUUCAUUUCUUCAUUUGCUCGGUUUUUGCUCCAAUGUGUCCCACGAGUUUUCCGCAAGCUGUUACAAGUUGUCGAAGUGUUUGCGAAGAGGUAAUGUUUUGAGGGGUUCAGAGACUGUGUAGAAAUCCAGAAAUAUUAUUCUAAUGGUUGGCUUUAUUCAGUGAAAAUUUGUUUUGUUUGAGAAAAAUCAUAUGGGAUUUGAAACAGUAGAUUUUUUAUUUCAAAAACUAAUUUUCGGCCUCAAAAAUUUCAGAUUCAACAUUUUAUAAAUUCAAUUUCCCCGCAAACGUUUGUUGUAAAAUCUACUGUUUCAAAAUUUGUUUCAAUUUUUGUUAGAAAAAUUUAACUUUGGUGAAGCUCUCAUAUCGUCUAAUUUUUUCAAACUGAAAAUAGAUUUUUUCAGACUUCUACCAAGUUUUUAUAAAAAAAAUUGAGUUUGUCUCCAAUUCUUAAAAAAAAAUUUCAGAAAUCUACUGUUUCAAAAUUUAUAUUAAUUUUUUUUCGAAAAAAUUCAACUUUGAUCGAGUUGUCGGUUUUUGAGGAAAAUUGUGCUAAAUCAGAUACGGAAGGUAUUGUAGCUCAGAAAUUUGAUUGUUGAUUUUUUGGCCUGAAUUUCGAAAAUUCAAAAUUUUCUCCUCGAAUUUCAUAUCUAUUUACAAUCCUAAAAUUAAUUUCCUUCUUAUUUCCAUCAAAAAAAGAUUCCGCCAGCUGUUUAUUUUCCUUUCCCCAAUUUUUCCCUCUAAUUAUAAUUGUCUCCAUCGAGUUCUAAUUAGGUAAAUAAUGUAAAUAAAUAAGCAGGUGUAGAUCAAUCAAGUUUGGACCCACAAAUGAGAAAAAACAGCUGGAGCUUAGGCAACAGGUGAAAAUAAGACAAUGCCUAAUAAAUAUGUUUGUUUUGUCUUAACGCGACUUUUUAGGGGGAUUUGGAUUGGAUUUGAGAGGGAAAUUUGAAUUUUCGAAUUUCGCGCCGAAAAAUCAACUUUGAAAAUUUGAAUUUUUGAGCUACUGUACUUUGCGUAUCUGAUUUGUUAUUUAAUUCACAACUAUAUUAUCAAAUUAAUUUUUUUUUGACAAAAAAUAUGAAAAUUUUGAAACAGUAGAUUUUUUCAACAAUUGAUUUUUCUGAGAAAUUUCAAAUUUUAGUCACAAACUUUCUGGAAUUUAUGAAUUUUUCCCCGAAAAAAAUCUGUUACAAGCCCCCCAUUUUUUUCCAGGUUCGAGCUGAUUGUGUCUCAAUUUUGGAAGAAUUCGGAAUCGGAUGGCCUGAGCCACUGAAUUGUGCACAUUUCCCAGAUCUACCCGAUCUUUGUAUGAAACCAACAGAUAAUGAUAUAAUUGGACAACAACAACAAUCAAGACAACAAUCAAUUGGAUCACAAAAACCAUCUGGUUGUCCGAGUGAUUUGAUUGAUAUUGAUCCGAUGGAUCCAAAAGGACAAUGUGCAUUUGGAUGCACUGCAAAUGUUAUGUUUAAUACUGAAAAUAAGGUGGGGAUUUUGGGAAGUUGGGAUGGGUAGGGAGGGAGAUUUGUGGGGAUUUUUGAGAGAGCUAUAAAAUGAGACCAAACAUUAAUAUUCGAAUUUUUAAAGAGAUUGAGAAAUUUGAGUUUCGAAACUUUAGGAUUGAAAAAAUCUACUGUUUCAAAUUUCAUAUGAGUUUUUUUGUUGAAAAGGGAAUUUUGAUGUUUUCAUAUAGUUUUAUAAAUAAUAUAAACUCUAAAUUCAAACAAAAAAAAUUCUAAGAUACAGUAACUCUAGAAAACUUUGCUCUAAAAGAUCUCAAAAACAUGGAAGUUCCUGUUCAGAUUCAUAAAAUGAGGAGUAAGUAUUUGAAAAAACAAAAUUAAGUUUUAACUCAAAUUAGAAACAGUAGAUUUUUUCAAGCUAUAUUCUGGAUUUUUUGAAAAUUCAGAUUUCAAAAAAAUCUACUGUUUCAAAAUUUCUAUGAGUUUUUGGUUGAGAAAAGUACUUUUGAUGUACCGCCAAUUCCUUUUUUUCAGCAAACAACUCGAUCUUGGAGUAUUUGGAUCGCAGCUGCCAAUUCAAUAAUCGCACUUUUCGCCUUCCUAACAUUCAGUAUCGAUCGAAAACGCUUCAGAUUUCCAGAAAGAUGUGUAUUCUAUUUAUCAGUUUGCAUAUUUCUAUCAAGUCUUCCUUAUUUAUUCCCCCUAUUUAUUCAACCAGUUUUGAGAUCUUGUCAUCAACUUCAUAAUUCUCACUUGGCUCAAAAUCAACAAAAUCUCAAUUUAUAUUUAUCGAUUGGCUCAUUUGAUAAUCUAUAUUGUCUCUCGUCAUUUUUGCUCAAUUACUUCUUUAGCACUGCGGCUUCUUUGUGGUGGCUUAUGUUUUCUUUUACACUGUAAGUUGUUUUGGAUAAUCUUGCUGGGAAAAAUGAACAGAUGGUUUUUGGAUCUGUAAUGGGAUUAAGGGGUUUUCCACGUGGAAUUUGAAAAUCACGAAAUUUGUGCUCAAAAAUCCAUGGUUUUUGCAGAUAUUUGAGCGGUGGACGAAAAUGGGUCCCGGAGGGAAUUGAAGCUUGUAGUAGUUAUGUUCAUUUUGUUGCCUGGGGUUUUUCAUCAUUGGCCACGAUUGUUGUGCUUGUUUUUAAUAAGGUGAGUUAUUUUUGGGAAAAUUCUAGAAUAGUUGAAGGAUUGGAUCUGGAAAUCUGAUUUUUAUAGUUUAAUAUUUUUGAAACAGUCAGAUUUUGAGCCGAAAUUUUAUUCAAAAAUUGAAAAUUAAGAAAAUUAUUCCAACUGAAAAUUGAAUGUUUCUAGAUUUUUUGAUCUUAAAAUCUCAUUUCUUUUUUUAGAUUUAUGACUAAAAAUUAUUGUUUCCAUACAAAAUUGCUGUUUGAAAACUUGGAAAAGGGUUUUCACGAUUUUUAUGCAAUAAGCUCACAUCAAUAAACAUGAAGCUGGUUUUUCUAGCUAUUGAUUUUUUUAAACAGUCAAAUUUUUCAAAAAAAAAUUUUUUUUUUCUACGUUUGAAUGAAAAUUAUCUAAAUUAGAUCAGAUUGGAGAAAUUUUCAAGUCAUUAUUCUUGAUUAAAAAUUUAUUUUACUAGAAUAAACAUGAAACUGAUUUUUCUUGGUAAAGAUUUUUUUGAAACAGUGAAUUUUUUAAAACAAAAUUUCGUCUGAAAAUUAGAACUUUAAUCAGGCUGGAGAAAUUUUAAAUCAAAAAUUUUUUUUUUCUUUCCAACUCUAAACCAAUUAACAUGAAACUGCUUUCUAAAGAUUAGAUUAAGAUUUUUUGAAACAGUAAAAUUUUUCAGGAAAUUUUUUUUGAAAUUUGAAUGAAAAUUAGAUCUGAAUAAAAUAUUUUCAAGAAAAAAUUUCACUCUGAAAUUUUUCUAGCAAAAAAACCCUUCAUACAAAUUUCAAAGUUCGAGAAUUUUUGCCACUGAAUAUUAAUUUUUGAAUGUUUCAAAAUUUCGCGCUGAAAACUACUGUCACGUGACAAAAUUCGGAUUAAAAAAAAACAAAAACUGGGAAAUUUUCGGCGAGAAAACCUUUUCCUAGAAAUAAUACUUGUUGCAAAAAAUCAACUGUUUCAAAAUUUAACUAUUUUUUAAAAUUAAAAUUUAUAUUUGAUUAGAGUCUUGAACUUCUUCAGAACUUAUUGCAGCUGAAAGUCGAAUUUUUCUAGAUUUUUGUUUGAAAUUUUUGAAGCUAACAAUAAAUCUAAUUUAUCCAAAGAUUUUAUUUUUCCAAAUCUGAGAGAACAUUCAAAUCAAAACUCCAAAUCAAAAUUUCAGGUCGACGCAAGUGAAUUAACAGCUCUUUGCUCAGUCGGAAAUCUCAACAGCCUUGCUCUUCUUUGGUUUGUAAUAAUUCCCCGAACAGUUUGCCUUGUUCUUGGCUCAUGUUUCAUCAUCGGAGGUUUUGCAAGUAUGUGCAGAGAGCGAAUAAGUUUCCGACAAAGAGGAACUGAUACAUCAAAACUCGAAAAAUUAAUGAUGAAAAUGGGCUUAUUCUGCGCGCUAUUCAUUAUUCCAAGUGUUGUCGAAAUUGUUUGUCAAAGUUAUAAUUUCCUGAUUUUAUCCCAAUGGAUUCGUGCUACAAUUGAUUGCAAACUUCAAACUGGCGCGUGUCAUCGACCACUUCCACCGCAAGCUGAAAUUUAUAUGAUUGCGAUUUGGGCGAGUUUAUCCACUGGAUUAUCAUGUAUGAUUUGGGUGUUUUCCGCGAAAACAAUCGGAUCUUGGAAGAAUUUCAUAUUUUGUGGAAUGUGUUCACCGGCACCGAGUAAAAGUGAACCAUCAAGUCGUCCACUUUUGGAGCCACCAACUGCUCCGCCACCACAACCACCAGUUUAUAUGCAAAUGACAACUAAUCCAUCGCAAAAUUCUUGGAGACCUAGUAAAGUUGUAUAG